AAUCUCUCUCUCUCUCUCUCUCUCUCUCUCUCUCUCUCACUCUCUCUCUCUGCAGAUUUCUCUCUCGUUUCGACGAUGUAAGAUCGUGCCUGUUCAGCUUCUUCAUUGAUUUUCGACGUUGCGAGCACAAGCUCCUAUGGCCCUGCUUCAGCUCUCUCUGUUUCGUUUGGUCCACAUUGCUCUGCUCUGGGGCAUAUGUUUGGCUGCUGAUCCUUUCGUCUCUUACGAUUUGAAGCUCUCUUACCAGACCGCGUCGCCGCUCGGCGUUCCUCAACAGGUUAUAGCAGUUAAUGGGAAGUUUCCUGGCCCCCUUAUCAAUGCUACCACUAAUUACAAUGUUGUUAUAAAUGUCCAUAACCAGUUGAAUGAAGAGCUUCUCCUGACAUGGCCUGGAAUAGAAAUGCGACAUAAUUCAUGGCAAGAUGGUGUCCUUGGGACAAACUGCCCAAUCCCUCAAACAUGGAACUGGACCUAUCAGUUUCAAAUGAAGGAUCAGAUUGGCAGCUACUUUUACUACCCAUCUCUUAAUUUGCAAAGAGCAUCAGGUGGCUUUGGUCCAAUCAUCAUCAACAAUAGGGAUAUUAUUCCUAUUCCUUUUGCCCAACCUGAUGGAGACAUCAUAUUGAUGAUUGGUGAUUGGUAUACACGAAACCAUACGGCAUUAAGGGCAGCCCUGGAUGCUGGAAAAGACCUCGGGAUGCCUGAUGGGGUUCUCAUAAAUGGAAAGGGGCCCUUUAGAUACAAUAACACACUAGUAUCUGAUGGCAUAGCAUACGAAACUGUUACUGUUGAUCCAGGAAAAACAUAUCGCUUCCGAGUGCACAACGUUGGGACGUCGACUAGCUUGAACUUUAGGAUUCAGAAUCAUAAUUUGCUUUUAGUGGAGACAGAAGGCCAUUACACAGCGCAGCAAAAUUAUACGAGCCUAGAUAUCCAUGUUGGCCAAUCCUACUCUUUCUUAGUAACAAUGGAUCAGAAUGCCAGCACUGACUACUACAUUGUGGCAAGUGCUAGAUUUGUGAAUGAAUCACUCUGGCAGAGAGUCACAGGUGUGGCCAUCUUGCACUAUACUAACUCAAAAGGACCAGCAACUGGCCCUCUACCUGACCCACCUAAUGAUAUCUAUGACAAGUCCAUGUCUAUGAAUCAGGCAAAAUCAAUCAGGCAGAAUGUUACUGCAAGCGGAGCUCGCCCUAAUCCACAAGGGUCUUUCCAUUAUGGUUCAAUCAAUGUGACUGAUGUAUACGUGUUGCAGAGUGUUCCACCAGUGACAAUCGAUGGGAAGCUUAAAGCCACAUUGAAUGGUAUCUCAUUUAUCAACCCUGGAACGCCUAUAAGGCUUGCUGACCAGGAUAAUGUGAAGGGAGAUUAUAAACUUGAUUUUCCAAGUCAGCCCCUGGAUCGACCACCCCAGGCAGAUACAUCUCUGUUAAAUGCCACCUAUAAAGGUUAUAUAGAGAUAAUAUUGCAGAACAAUGACACCGUGAUGCAGAGCUUUCAUGUGAAUGGUUAUUCAUUUUUUGUGGUUGGUAUGGAUUAUGGAGAAUGGACAGAGAAUAGCAGAGGCACAUACAAUCGUUGGGACGCAAUAUUCCGUUCCACAACACAGGUUUUCCCUGGUGCUUGGACAGCAAUCCAGAUAUCUCUCGACAAUCCUGGAGUCUGGAACAUUAGAGCUGAAAAUCUUGAUAGAUGGUAUCUUGGUCAAGAAACUUACAUGAAAAUUGUGAACCCUGAAGAAAAUGGUCAAACAGAGAUGGCACGACCAGAUAAUGUGCUAUAUUGUGGUGCACUUCAGUACAAGCAGAAGAAUCAAAGUAACUCAUCUUCAACCUCCAACAUACCUGGAGAAUUGCGACUGCUGUUUACAUUUAUGCUGGCACUUUAUGUGGCGAUUUUCUCUUUCAGCUGACCUUUCAUACAAUAUAAAGAAUUCUACAAUGCCGUUCUGGAGGUGGCGUAGCUUCCUUCCUUGGUGAAAGAAGAAUCCGAGGCUAAUUUUUUUGUGCAACUGUUUUUGGAUUGAGAUAUCACAUGUUAAGGAGUUUAAUUGAAUCUUUAGGUGGGCAUGCUCUCUCUCUCUCUCUCUCUCUCUCUCUGGGUUGUAUUAGGUGAUUGGGAAUUUAUCAUUCUUAUGUACCUCAAAUUUACAUGCUGAUUUUGACUAACCCAUGCUGCACACAAUUGAUUUUAUACAAAAUUGUCUAUGUUCCUUCUGCA